AUGCACCACACUCCUCCUACUAUCAAUGCUCCAGUCAAUCAUGGACUACUACUCCAAACUUCUGUGCCUUCAUAUGCCUUGCGGCGUAAAUUUCGGAACUACCUACCCCAGGAUUUCCAUCAUCAACCAGCAAUGCUUUCUCAACCUCUGCCACCACUGCAAAGUGCUCCGGCAAUUAGUAUGACGAAGAACUUCUCCUCAGAAACAUUAUUUGUGCUUGCUAAAGCUGUCAAGCAGCACAAUGUUCUAUGCGCCGCCCAUGGAGGGGUUACAAAAGCAUGGGAGAGUGUUGCCAAGGACCUGCGAGGUUUUGGCGUGGAUGUCAGCGAGCGCACACUACGGAGUAAACUCGAUGCUCUUUUAAAGUGGCAUGUGGAUCCCAACAAUUGCCCCAAAGUCAUUCAGGAUGCGUUGAAAGAUAUGACAGAGGCCCGCAACAUGCAUGAGGUCCUUGAUGGUCUUGACAAUCUACCAAACCAAAGCCAAGUUGGAACCAAGGAGAAUAACGAGGAGUCCCAGUGUAGUCAUCACCAGGGGGUCGGAGUACCGGACCUCAUGACACCUGUCAAACGGUCUCAUAGGCGUGCGAUGCUCACUGAUGACGAAAAUGAAAUUCCUGUUGAGUGUGCAAAGCGGGUUAAAUGCAGCCACGACUGCAACUCAGAUUUGGAAGUUCAAAUUUUAGCUCUGCUGGCUUUAGAACAUGCACGCAAUGAUAAGACUGAUGCCUUGAUUGAGCAGGUGACAAAGUCAACUGAGGCUUGCCUGAAGGCUGUGGAGAAUACACAGCAACAACUUCUUGCUUUUCUCAGAGAUAAAUCCAUGCCUUUUUGUUUUUAA